AUGAAAUCAGCAGCGUUUCCUGAGGUGAAUUUAACGAUGAAUUAUUACGGCCAUCAUGAGCGUAAUUUGAUCAUUUAACGAGGAUAUUUGUUUGCAAGUGACAAACAAAUAUCUGCCACUGGUUUACGUUUAAUAUCGAUUAUUAAUUUCAUCACUGGUGCGGCUCUACAUAUUCAUCUAGUCAUGUUACCUUUGAGUGCGAUGAGGCCUUCAAAGCCUGCCAAGCAGACGUCAGCUGCAGUGUCAAAGAUCAAAAAUAAGAUCCUCAACACCUCCUCCUUCUUCAAGGUCUCUUUGAAGACCAACAACAAGGCCUUAGCUCUGGCUUUGGAGGCCCAGAAGGAGAGGAGCAGGCAGCUGGAGAUGCACGUGGUGUACCUUCAGAAACAAGUGGAGGCUCUGUGCUUCGAGUUGGCCACCAAGAAAUACAAGCACAGGAAACUGCUGGUCAUCUUGAAAACCCUCCACAGCAGCACGCUGCAGCACCUGGACAUGGUGGCUGACCUGUUCCCUGACAGUGAUCUUCCCAGACUAUCUGCAGACAACGAGACCUCAUCUGGUGACAUUGACACAGAACAUCUUGUAGUGGGAAGUCUAACAGAUCAGUUACCUCCUCAACCAGACGUUGCAGGGCGUUUGAUGUGUCCCCUUGAAAAAGAACCAGCAGACUUGCCUGAAAUAAAAUUUGGUGCAGAUGUCUUCAACACUCAGAACAGACCCCAAAAGGCCACUGAUAUUUGCAGUGAUGCAGAGAAAAGGCGAUCGAGCCAGCUCUUACAAGCCCCCCUGGCAGGAGCAUCCUGUCCGUCCAGCAGACUCAGGGAAGAAGUAGAGAGGCUGUCGAUGAUGUUCUCUCAGUCUGGUUUUGACAUGAAUUCAAUCCCCCUGCUUCAGAACAGUCAAACCUCCUCAGCUGAGAGCAUGUGUGAAAGACCCGAGCCAUCUGUUUCCAGUGACGUUCACCUUCCGAGCAGCUCAGUCGUGGAACCAGAACAUAGGAACAAACAUGAGAAGACUGUGCUUCUGAAUACAACUAUGGAAAUGACACUAAGUAAUGCUGCUGAGAUAGUCACCGUGGAAACCAAGGCCAAAAAAACAGGCCGCUCUGGCAAGCCGAAGGGUAAGAAGAAUAAGGAACAAGCCUGUGGGUCAAGUGAGGCUGAAAAUCCACAAGUGAAGAACUCUGAAGUUUCUCCUGCUGACACUUUGUUACAGACAGAAAGCAGUGUGCUAGAUGAUGUUACACACCCAGAGGUUACUGAGGUUAUUCAGGCACCCAAAAUAAAGAGUGGGAGUGUCCUCACCUCACGUAUCCCGAAAUUUAACAAGUCUGUAGCUAGCAACCAUCAGAAAACAGCAAAGGACAAAGUUGUAUCCCGUGACCAUACCAAGUCAAAGACAGAGUCCCGUGAGACGCAGGAUCUGGACGAUUAUUUCAUGGAUCCUGAAAAUAAAUUCUCAAAAUCCGGCAAAGGUGUAAAAUCACCACGAGAGAACGAUACAGCAGAAGAGGCACGGUCCAAAAUCACAUGCAGGAGGACUAAGAGCAGGAACAUGUCUUCAGUCAGCAGGAAAACGUUUGUCAAUUUGUCUCCGCUGUCGCAUGAAAGUGGGAGCAGUCCGUCCAACAUGGAGCAGGUCCACAGCGAAGUGGAUGAGGGAGAUAAGGGAAUAUAUGAAGCAUGCAGAGACCAAGAACCACCUGAAGAGUUCCUGUUUUGUGCAGAUGAGGUCACACAUCCAGAGUCGGAGCAUGUGGGCAAAACACCACAGAGCAAACUGAAGACAAACUCUGGUCAGAAGUCGAGGUGCAGAGGGACAUUUGUCGUCUCAGUUACCAGGGACAGCAACUUAUCAAACAGUGCAUCAGUGGAAGUGAGCGCUGUAGAGCAGGACUUAAUGUCUCCUACAGGUUCCUCCACCUGUGAGGCAGAAGCAACGGAUGUCCCUUUGAAACCAUCAGAAUCAAACCCACAGACACCGAGCUCCUGUAAGCGUCCCUGGCUCGCCACCCUGGAUUCAGGAAGCCCUCAGGAGGAUUUGAGCAGCAACGAUAACCAUGAAGCACUGCCGCUGGACCAAGACUGCACUUUAGAAACUGCGUUUCAAAAACCUAAAAAAGCCAGGAGAGAGGAAACGAGUCGAUCCAGUAAGAAGAAAGCCGAGUGUGUUGAUCAUUUAAGUGACAGGAAAAAGAAGAAUAAAAGCACCCGUAGCAACAGAAGAGUUAGAUCUGAGGAUGAAGCAGGUUAUCUGGAGGACCACGGUGAUGCCUCACCUCUCUGUGGUUUUGAUGGCACUGAAAGAAACAAACAAUUAGAUGAUUUACAAGUAGCAGAGUCACACUCUGACAUCACUGAAGAGCACAACAUCUUUGAACAUUUAUAUGAGUCAAAGUCCAAGAUGGCUCAGAAUCCAAAAAGAUGUAGGAAGGCGUCCAAGCUGCAGACACCCACAGAAACUAGAAACCCAAGAGAGACGUUUGUCGUCUGCAGGCGGAAAACUCAAGACAGUGUUUCACUAAAUAACACGAGGACAUCCAGUGUGUCACACAGUCACACGAUGGACGUCAGUGAGGAGGGGCUUCAUCAGAAUCUAGGCAACCUGCUGACCGAUGAGAUGCCACCAUGGCUGGACAUGGAUGUCAGCGUUGCCGACACUGAAGUGGGCUCUUUACUCGCCACUCCCAGGAGGAUGGCGUCAAGCAGGGCGACAGUGAUCGAGGAGUCUGCUGCUGUCACAGCUGAAGCCUCUCCAGCAGGAAGAGUGUUAACGUCACUGACCAACACCAUUACAACCCCAGACAGUGAGAACGGAGGCAGAACCAGGAGACGAAAAGCUGCCAUCAGCUAUAAGGAGCCGUCCCUCAACAGCAAAAUGAGGCGUGGAGAUAAAUUCACCGACAGCGAGUUUCUGAGUUCUCCAGUGUUCAAGGACAACAAGAAAAAGAAGAAGCAGAAGAAAACUGCAGUGACCCCCAAACUGGAUCAUCCGUUUUGAUGGACUGAUUAUUCUUUUUCUUUUCUUUUAUCUUGAUUUAUUUUAAGUUGGUUUCUUAAUAAAGGCAUGCAAAGACACAAACAUGUUUUCCGGCAGCCAUGUUUUGCAGAUUAAAGCAGACAUAUGUGUGUGUUCCUCUGCAGGAUUCACCUUUCACAUCACAAACACUGAAACUAACCUGUUCUGAUAACCACUGCUGCUCUCAUUCACUGUGUGUGGUUGGUAAUGGUAUGAGAGAUUGACGGGGGGUUGGUCAUGAAUGAUUCAUCCCAGGCUGUUCACCUGAGACGUCUGUUCCACAUCGCUGUCAAAGGCUUGUGUUGCCCAGAAAGGUUACCACGUAGCGUCACUGCAGCCAACCAUGUGUAGGAUUAUGUAUCAUCAUGUGAACUGAAGGUCUGUGAGUGUGUUGACUGCUGUGAGACAGAGUUGUGUGGUGAGUACUUGAAUGUUGGAUCUUUAUAAAAUAUACUACUAACUGUUCUUUAUUUCUCUGCACAUUAAAAUUUAUGUCUGCACAGAAGAGAUGGAUUCAGCACUUGCACUUGAGUUUUUAAAGUGGACUUGUUUUACUGGACAGUUGACAUAUUUGUUGGUAACUCUCCAUGUGGGAACAACACAGUGUCAGGUUCAUGUCCUGUCUGUCGCAGCAGUAAAUCAACCCCUGUAUUGUUUAGUUUUGUUAUGGUGUGUGAAAGUAGCCUUCCUUCCCACCGGUGCAUUUGUUUUUACUGGAUUUGCCUGUUACUCACAGGGUCCCCACAGGUCUUUGAAAUCCUUUAAAGUUCGUGAAUUUAAAGGGAAAAAAUCAUGGCCUUGAAAGUUACAAAAAGAUAAAGAGACAGGUGAUUGAAAGUGCUUGAAUUUAUAUAUUUUGUACAAGAAUAAAAAAUUGAA